CGAUCUCCUUCUUUCGUCUCCCGCGAUUGAAGGGCUCGCCCAUUUCCCUUCUCCCUCCCUCUCCUCUGCCCUCCUCAUCUCGUUCUUCCCUCAAACCCUCCUCGAGAUCGAUCCCUUUGAGCCCUCCCAUUCCCAAUCGCCGGCCAAUUCGCUGCGCGUUCCUUCUUUGAAGCGCGUUUUCCUCCGACCAUCGAUCUGUUUCGCCUUCAAGAAGCCGCCCGAGGAAGAGCGGAUCGGGGAUCCUAGGGUUCUGUUCCCCCCCAUAGGGUUUUCUUGGAGCCAAUUGGCGAGGGUUCCGGUCCCCGGAACCCUAGAUCUGGCAGUUGGGGCGCCCGAGGCGCGCUUGGGAUCUUUCGAUCGGGGGCCGUCAGGAUGUUCUGGCGCAUGACCGGACUGAGUCAAGCGUCUCCCGUAGACGCUAUUUUGGAGAAGGAAAACUUUACCUUGGAAGAUCUUCUUGAUGAGGAUGAAAUAAUCCAAGAAUGCAAAGCACUGAAUACUCGUCUUUUAAAUUUUUUGAGAGGAAAGGCCCAAUUGGAGCAAUUACUUCGUUAUAUUAUAGAGGAGCCGCCUGAGGAUGCUGAUAAGAAGAAUAUUUUCAAGUUUCCGUUUAUUGCAUGUGAGAUAUUUACCUGUGAUGUUGAUAUCAUAUUGAGGGCUUUAGUUGAGGAUGUACAACUUCUGGAUUUGUUAUUCUCCUUCCUUAAGCCUGAUCACCCACAUAGUACAUUGCUAGCUGGUUACUUCAGUAAGGUUGUGAUAUGCCUAAUGAUGCGGAAAGCAGGCCCUCUUCUUAAUUAUGUUCAGGGUCAUCGAGAAAUAAUUCAUCAACUUGUGGAUCUCAUUGGAAUCACAUCUAUUAUGGAGGUUCUCAUUCGAUUGAUUGGUGCUGAUGAGAAUAUGCAAUUCGGCUACAUGGAUACAAUGCAGUGUGUGGAAGAUACUGAUGUUCUCGAGAUGAUCGUGGAUAAGUUUAGUUCAUCGGACUCUCCUCAUGUCCAUGCCAAUGCAGCAGAAAUUCUUUGUGCCAUUACUCGAUGUGCCCCUCCAGCGCUUUCAGCUAAAAUUUGCAGCCCAAGUUAUGUGGGGAGAUUAUUUCAUCAUGCGCUGGAAGAUUCGAGACCUAAAUCUGUCCUAGUUCACUCCUUGUCUUUCUGCAUAUGUUUGUUAGAUCCCAAACGACUGGUAGCAUCUUCCUAUCAAGCAUUUAGAAGCCAGCUAACUCAUGGAUCAUUGGUUAUUGCUAGUCACGAAACCGUUGAGGGCAUGCUAGAGAGAUUAGGUGAUUUACUGAAACUAUUGGUUGUUUCUUCAUUGGAAAGCAACUUACAGACCACAUAUGGCAAAUUACAGCCUCCUCUUGGAAAACACCGUUUGAAGAUUGUGGAGUUCAUCUCUGUUUUAUUGACGAUUGGUAGUGAAGCUGCUGAGAAAGAACUGACCCAGCUGGGAGCAAUUAAGCAUGUUGUAGAUUUGUUUUUUGAGUACCCUUACAAUAAUUUUUUGCAUCAUCAUGUUGAGAAUGUUGUAGGAUCGUGCUUAGAGAGUAAGAGGACUCUUUUAGUUGAACAUAUUUUGCAUGAUUGUGACCUUGCUGGUAAAAUUAUUGCGGCAGAAAAGCAAACUUCCUUGUCAACUGAUUCCACUAAGGCUACAAUAUCUGCAGAGGGACGGCUACCGCCAAGAAUAGGAAAUGUGGGACACAUGACACGCAUAGCGAACAAGCUUAUGCAGUUGGCAAAUAGCAAGCGCAUAAUCCAGACACACUUGCAGGAAAACAGUGACUGGGUUGACUGGCAUAAUCACAUCUUGCUCAAGCGGAAUUCUGUUGAAAAUGUUCAUCAAUGGGCUUGUGGGCGUCCUAGUACACUACAUGACCGAAUCAGGGAUAGCGAUGAUGAGGACUUCAGAGAUCGGGAUUUUGAUGUGGCAACACUGGCUGGUAAUCUGAGUCAAACUUUUCGGCAUGGAAUUUAUGCAAAUGACAUGGAAGAGGCUCAAGGAUCUUUUGAACGAGAUGAUGAGGAUGCUUACUUCAAUAAUGAGUCGGCAGAAGUUAUUUCAUCUUUGAGUCUUGGGGAUGACCAGGACAGCUCCCAAAUUACAAAUUCCGACUUAUUUGCUUCUGAAAAUGAUAGAGGGGUUACUGAUUAUUCGAAUGAUUCUCUUGCUUCAUCUCCAAAUUCAAGUGAGACAUCACCUCGUGUGGAUGAGCCAGACAAGGUGGUUAUUGGUGAAAACAAGGAUCCAAGUGACAUAGAAACAUCUUUGCAAGUGACAGAUCCUGGAGCUACCUCGGGGGAAUCUGAAGCUACAAUAUCUGGAAAUGGUCCUGUGGAUGAGCCCAGAGAGGACACUAGUAACUCAACUACAAGCAAGGGUGACAAGCCCCUAGGGUGGAUUGAGUGGAGGGAGACAUCGAGAUCUGACAUGCCUGGCGUAGAGCCAACUGCAGAUGUCCCAAAUGGUCAGCUCAGAAUGGACAAAAACAUGGAUGAAGUGGCAGUAGACACAGAUAAGCAUCGACCUUUGUCUGAAGAUGCAGACGGACAAGGCGGGGAAACCGGUGUAUUGCCAGGAUCUACCAACAUUCCCGCUGUCAAACUACCAGAGUCCAGCAAGGGUAAUCCAUGUGGAGAUUUACCGGAGCCACUUGCAUUCUCGACUGUCGAGAACACAGGGAAGUGAGAUGAAGUUGAAGCACCACCCCUGCGACUGUAACUUUAGAGCCUUGUACAUCUUGACGGAAAGCUCAUGAUGUUAAGAGGCUCAUUCAUUGUUCUGCCAUUAUUCCUUUUUACCCAGCACUGCAGCAACGAGAGAGACCACGAAGCUCCGGCAAUUUCUCCUGAUGCCACUUCUCUCUGUGCCUUUCUCUUCCCUGGCAAAUUUUUGACAUUGAUUGGUGCCAAUACCAUUGGCAUUUUUGUUGUUUCCUUAGCUUCUUUGUUGUACGCUGUGAUGCUUCACGGUGGUAUUACUAAAUGCACGUUCAUUUUAUUGCA